AGCAAAAAGUCAUAAAAAGGAAAAAAGAAGAAAGUCGAUAUCACAAAUUAAUAUCAUAAUCAUCUCCAAAGAUCCAAAAUCAAGAGAGAGAUCAGAUCGAAAAUGGUUGCAGUUUUCAACAAAGAACUCCUCAGUUGGUACCUCAUCACACUCAAGCUCAAUCAAGCAGUAGAAAAUGGCCUCCAAAAUGCUCAAAGCCCCUCCACAAAUCCACCUCCCAUCGAUUUCCCAGACCAUCCACCGCAUAUACACGAAAAUCAACCUUUAAUCACUCCCGGCGAGGCGGAGUCGGAGUGGGUGAUCGCCAUCAAAGAGAAGCUAGAUCAGGCCCGAGCCGACGACGGCGCCGGCGCGUGGGCGAAGCUCUCCAUCUACCGGAUCCCGCAGUGCCUCCGCGACAGCGACGACAAGGCCUACAUUCCGCAGACGGUGUCGCUCGGGCCGUACCACCACGGCCGCAAGCGUCUCCGCGGAAUGGAGCGCCACAAGUGGCGUGCCCUCCACCACGUCCUGAAGCGGACGGGCCACCGCGUCGAGCUGUACCUCGACGCGGUGAAGGAGCUCGAGGACCGCGCCCGCGCCUGCUACGAGGGCGCCAUCGGCCUCAGCAGCAACGACUUCGCGGAGAUGCUGGUCCUCGACUCCUCCUUCGCCCUGGAGCUCUUCCGCGGCGCCGCGCAGGGCUUCGCCAGACUGGGCUACUCCCGCAGCGACCCGGUCUUCGCCAUGCGCGGCGCAAUGCACUCCAUCCAGCGCGACAUGAUCAUGCUUGAAAACCAAAUUCCCCUUUUCGUCCUCGACCGGGUCCACGCCAUCCAGCGCCAGGCUGGCGACGGAUCCUCCGUCGCCAGCCUGGCGCUUCGGUUUUUUGAUCCGUUAAUGCCGACGGACGAGCCGCUGCCGGCCGCGAACGCGGCCGGCGGCAAUGCCUUCGACCCGCUGGCGGACCAGGGCGGACUGCAUUGCCUGGAGGUGUUCAGGCGCAGUCUGCUGGCAGUCCGCGCAGGGCCGAAGCCCGCCCCGCGUGUCUGGAUCAAAAAAUGGUCCCAUGCUGGGCGGGUGGCGGACAAGCGCCGUCAGCAGUUAAUCCACUGCGUGACGGAGCUGAAAGACGCCGGGAUCAAAUUUAAAAGAAAAAAGACAGACAGAUUCUGGGACAUUGACUUCAGCAAUGGGGUGCUGAAAAUACCGCGGCUGCUGGUGCACGAUGGGACAAAGUCCUUGUUCCUCAACCUUAUCGCGUUCGAGCAGUGCCAUCUGGACUGCACGAACGACAUAACGUCGUACGUGAUAUUCAUGGACAACCUCAUCGACUCCCCGGCCGAUGUGAGCUACCUGCACUACUGCGGCAUAGUGGAGAAUUGGCUGGGGAGCGAUGGGGAGGUGGCGGAGCUGUUCAACCGGCUGUGUCAGGAGGUGGUGUUCGACAUCAACGACAGCUCGCUGUCGAGGCUGUCGGAGAAGGUGAAUAGGUACUACGAUCACCGGUGGAAUGCGUGGAGGGCGAGUUUGACGCACAAGUAUUUCAAUAAUCCGUGGUCGAUUAUAUCCUUCAUUGCUGCGAUCGUCUUGGUGAUGUUGACUCUCGCGCAAACCUUUUAUGCCGUCUAUGCUUACUACUUCCCUCCUUCUUGAUUGCUGAUUUUUUUCGUUUGAUACACUUUAUACAAUAGUCAAUUGUGAGUGAGUGGGAGUCGUUUGAUUCAUUUGGAAGCGUGCCACAAAAUUUUGGUUGUAAUAAAUACAAUAGUGAGAGUGAUUUGAUUCAA